GUCCAGGCUGAAGUUGGAGGCAGCUGGCGGCGAAGCUCUGCAUCUGGGCGUCUCACGGAGGCCCCGCCCGCCCUGCUCCCCACCCCGGAGCCGCCAUGUGGCCGCUGGCCGCCGUGAUCGCCUUUCUGACUGUGGCCUUGUCAGGCGGUAUCUCUCAGGAGUUUCCCAAGAUCCUCAACGGCACAAAUGGGACCAGCGGGUUUCUCCCUGGCGGCUACACCUGCCGCCCGCACUCUCAGCCCUGGCAGGCGGCCCUGCUAGUGCAAAACCGGCUGCUCUGUGGGGGGAUCCUGGUCCACCCCAAAUGGGUCCUCACUGCAGCACACUGUCUGAAGGCAGGGUACAGAGUUUACCUGGGCAAGCAUGCCUUGGGGCGUGUGGAGGCCGGAGAGCAGGUGAGGGAGGUGGUCCGUUCUAUCCCCCACCCUCAGUACCAGAUCAGCCCCACCCACCUGAACCAUGACCACGACAUCAUGCUUCUGGAGCUGCAGUCCCCGGUCCAGCUCACGAACCACAUCCGUGUUGUGCCCCUCUCCCACGGCAGCCUCCCCACUGGCACCUGCUGUCGGGUGUCUGGCUGGGGCACCACCACCAGCCCCCAGGUGAGUUACCCCCCAACCUUACAAUGUGCCAACAUCCAGCUUCGCUCAGACGAGGAGUGUCAUCAGGUCUAUCCGGGGAAGAUCACACCCAACAUGCUAUGUGCCGGCACAGAAGAGGGCGGCAAGGACUCCUGUGAGGGUGACUCCGGGGGCCCCCUGAUCUGUAACGGAACACUCCACGGCAUCAUCUCCUGGGGAGACUUCCCAUGUGGACAGCCCAACCGGCCUGGUGUCUACACUCGAGUCUCUCAAUAUGUUGUAUGGAUCCAAGAAACGAUUAAAAAACACAGAGCCCAAGAGUGGAAACGGACGAAGGGCCCACAGUAAACGCUGGGUUGGUUCACCUGCCUCCUUCCCUCCCUCCUUGCCCUCCUCACUCCAUUGGCCCAGCCCUUCUCUGCCCCUCCCAAAGUUCCACUUGAACCAGUGAUCCCUAUUAAUGUCUGAUCCCAGCUGACACUUCGUGUUUCAAAAGCAUUCAGUCACUACCAGUAUCAUGGUCUCCCAGAUACUGCAUCCUGAAAUACCUCAGGACCCUCA